AUGGCGCCCAGGAUUGUAGCUUCGACGGAUGAGGUCAAUCGCCGAAGGGUAAUAAUCAACAUCAAUGCUGAGACAGUCACGAACAUCCCCUCCACUGAUUUCCCAGGACACUGGCCAGGCGAAUCUCACGAAUGGUCUCUCGAAAAGUUCAAAAACGAGUUUCAAGUUCAACUACACAAAAACGAAGCUUACGACUCUUCAUUCUCGCUCAUCGGUCUUGAUGCUUCUAUCGCAAAUGCAUUCCGUCGUAUUCUGAUCGCUGAAGUGCCCACACUCGCCAUUGAGUUCGUCUACGUGCAAAAUAAUACUUCGGUCAUUCAAGAUGAAGUGCUCGCUUCUCGUCUCGGGUUGAUCCCUAUUAAAGGCUCCACAGAAGGUCUCAGCUGGAUGCGAUGGUUCAAAAAGCCGACCGAGGAGGACCCCGAGGGAAGUGAACCAAGUGACUAUAAUACCAUCGUUUUGAAGCUCGACAUCGAAUGUACAGUGAACAAGGAUGCGGCCAAGGACGAGGAAGAUCCUCGCAUUCUCUACAACCAUGCACAUGUGUACGCUCGCGAUAUUGAAUUCACCCCCAUCGGUCGUCAGGAAGAAUACUUCACUGGAGAGGAUGAAAUACGGCCAGUGAAUCCGGACAUUCUUGUUGCCAAGCUCCGCCCUGGGCAAAAGAUCGACUUGGAGAUGCACUGCAUCAAGGGCAUUGGUGCCGACCACGCCAAGUUUUCGCCAGUCGCCACAGCCACUUAUCGACUUCUCCCUGAGAUUCGUAUCUUACGUCCUAUCAUUGGUGAUGACGCGAGAAAAUUUGCCAAAUGCUUCCCCAGAGGUGUAAUUGGCUUGGAAAAGAUCACAUCUGCCGAAGCUGUUCAGAAAGGCAGCGGGUAUGAAGGCCAUCAAGGCGAGGAAAAGGCUGUUGUCAUUGAUGCAUUCAAGGAUACGGUUAGCAGGGAAUGUUUGAGGCACGAUGAGUUCAAGGACAAGGUUAAACUUGGUCGCGUGAAAGAUCACUUCAUCUUCAAUAUUGAAAGCACAGGCCAGUUCCCGAGCGAUACGCUCUUCUUGGAGAGCGUCAAGGUGCUCAAGCUCAAAUGCGCCCGACUCAAAAGGGAUCUAACUAAUUUGGUGCAUUAA